AUGUCUAUCCUCACAAUGUCCGCGCCGCAGCCGCAGCCCUUGUUCAGGGACGAAAGUCCAUGGGAAAUGGCCCAGCCCUCUUCCGACUACGCCCGACCGCGCACCGAGAACAAGACGAUUGCCCUCCCGUCUAUCCGUCAGACGUUUCCCGAUCUUCAUCUAGAGGGGUCGUUGGCAGAUGGGCUUGGAAGCAGGCCGUUUCCUCCCCGGUCCUCGAGCAUCGCGGGUCUCGGCGCGCUGGGAUCCCCUGAAUACGUCCAUUCGCCCAGUUCGAGCAAACGGAGAAGGCUGUCGAUUGAGGACGAUCUGCCUGCCAUGAGAUCUAAGCAAGUGCCACGACUGUACCAAAGCCCCGAGCGGCCCCUGUCUCAACGGCUUUCUCCGCCUCGUCGAGAGCAGCCCUCGUCUACAACAGCAGAAACGUGGACGAGUCCGACAACACGGCCAAGCCCCUUUGUGUCCAGCGGCGGGGUGCUCGCUCCCAUCGAACGGGACGGCCUGAGAAUGGAAACGCGCCCUUCUCUACCGACUCUGCCGCCCCAACCCACCAUUGUGCCGUUUGACAGCGAGCCUGCACCCAUGCCCGGACCUCGAGAGAAUGUCGCAAUCAGCGCGAGUUCUUCGGGCGUGGAUAGACAUCCGACUUAUCGUGUUCCAGAGUACAGUUACGGUCAUCAUCAUCACCCUAAUCGCUAUCAAUCUCUGUCAACGAGCUCCAUCCGACCCCAGGACCGAACGCCUUUUUCGGCUGGGGGGAACUUCAACCCGCACUAUCAAGACAUGGGUCGGCAAGGAGAGGUCGGUGGCGACGCGAAGCAACGGAAGCGUCGAGGAAACCUGCCCAAGGAAACGACGGACAAGCUCCGGGCUUGGUUUGUGGCGCAUCUGCAGCAUCCGUAUCCCACCGAGGAUGAGAAACAGGAGCUGAUGCGGCAGACGGGUCUUCAGAUGAACCAAAUCUCGAACUGGUUCAUCAACGCCCGGCGGCGGCAGCUGCCAGCCAUGAUCAACAGUGCACGAGCCGAGUCAGACGUCAUGCAUAGCCGAGUCGGCGGCGGAGCUGGCGGAGAGGGCGAGAUCCUGGCCUCGACGGAGCGUGCCGGCGACUACGGGGGCGCGGGCAAGCGCGGAGAGGCGCUGCCGGUUAGCGAUGGAGAGGGCAGUGCCUAUGACGAGGAAAUGGGCCGUCUACGCAAGCGAAGACUGGGCGACCUCAACCGGGAGAGCGUGUGA